AUGGCUUCUACCCUUGAGGCCGAGGCGCCUCAUAAUAGCUUCGACACCAUACUUGUACUCGACUUUGGCUCACAAACUAGCCAUCUUAUUCUGCGACGGAUUCGGGCUCUCGGCGUCUUCGCUGAGCUACUUCCGUGUACCACCAAGGUCGCUGAGCUGCCAUGGAAGCCCAAAGGAAUUAUCUUCUCUGGAGGUCCUUCCUCUGUCUAUGACGAGGGCUCACCCCAUGUUGAUCCUGCUGUUUUUGAACUCGAUGUACCCAUUCUUGGUAUUUGCUAUGGUUGCCAGGAGAUCGCUUGGCGAAUCGACUCAAGUAAUGUUGUUCGCGGAGAGGCACGAGAGUAUGGCCACGCGGACGUCACCAUCACUAAAGUUAACAGUCAUGCCGACCGGCUUUUCGCCGGGCUGGGAGACGGAAUUUCUGUCUUCAUGUCCCAUUUUGACAAGCUAAUUAACUUACCCAAGGACUUUGUGGUCAUUGCUGCCACCAAGAACUCAGAGUUCGCCGGCAUCGCCCACGAGGAGAAGCCUAUCUUUGGUGUCCAAUUUCACCCUGAGCUCGAACAUACCCCCCGCGGAACCGAUCUCCUGUUCAACUUCAGCGUCAACAUCUGCGGAGCUCAAGCAAACUGGAAAAUGGGCAACUUUGUUGAGCUCGAGAUCGCUCGCAUCCGGGACCUCGUUGGUCCCAAAGCUCUCGUCAUUGGUGGCGUGAGUGGCGGUGUCGACAGCACUGUUGGAGCGACUUUGAUGCGUGAAGCCAUUGGGGACCGCUUCAUCGCGAUAGGUAUCAACAACGGCUGUAUGCGUCUCAACGAGUUCGAGGAGGUCAAGAAAAAUCUCAGGGACCACCUCGGUAUCAAUCUCACCGUUGUCGAUGCCGGCGAGCUGUUCUUGAGUCGUCUCGAGGGUGUUACCGAUCCCGAAAAGAAGCGAAAGAUAAUUGGGUCGACAUUCAUCGAUGUGUUCGAGAAAGAGGCUAUAAGGAUCGAAAAAGAAGCAGAAAACACACCAAAUUCCGGGAAGGUCGAGUGGUUCUUGCAAGGGACACUAUACCCUGAUGUUAUCGAGUCGCUCUCGUGGAGAGGACCCUCAGCGACAAUCAAGACUCAUCAUAAUACUGGCGGGUUGCCUGAGGUAAGAAAAAUCAACGUCUAUGAUCCACUUCCCUGUUACUUACCAGCAUCUUUGCAGGCAAUUGGUCGGCAACUCGGCAUACACGAGUCGCUGGUAAACAGGCACCCAUUCCCCGGACCGGGAAUUGCCAUCAGGAUUCUUGGCGACGUCACCAAGGAGCGAGUUGAGAUCGCCCGCAAGGCUGACAAUAUCUUCAUCAACAUGAUCAAGGAGGCUGGCCUUUACGACCAGAUGUCCCAAGCCUUUGCUGGUCUUGAUACUAGUCGUAGUGUUGGUGUUUUUGGUGAUAUGCGCGUUUGGGGUUACAUUAUAAUCCUCCGCGCUGUUCGUACCAAAGACUUCAUGAGCGCUGAGGUGUUCAACUUUGACAACUCCUUCCUCCAAGAGGUCUCGCGUGCCAUUUGCAAUCAGGUAGAUGGUGUGUCCCGUGUUGUCUAUGAUUUAACUUCAAAGCCUCCUGGCACCAUUGAGCUGGAAUAG